UUGGCCCCGCGCGGCGGAAGCCUGUUUCAAGUGGAACGUAGAGGCGGAGAUGGCUGUUGCGCUACCCUACAUUGAGAGGCUGUCCUGUCGGGUGGUGCGCGUGUUAGGCUGUAAUCCGGGUCCCAUGACCCUACGAGGCACCAACACCUACUUGGUGGGGACCGGCUCCAGGAGAAUCCUCAUUGACACUGGAGAACCAUCAAUUCCAGAAUAUAUCAGCUAUUUAAAGCAGGCUCUGCUUGAAUUUAACACAGGAAUCCAGGAAAUCCUGGUGACUCACUGGCAUCCCGAUCAUUCUGGGGGCAUAGGAGACAUUUGUAAAAGCAUUAAUAAUGACACUGCCUAUUGUAUUAAAAAACUUCCACGGAAUCCCCACAAAGAAGAAAUUAUAGGAAAUGGAGCACAACAAUAUGUUUAUCUGAAAGAUGGAGAUGUGAUUAAGACUGAGGGAGCCACUCUAAAAGUUAUAUACACACCUGGCCACACUGAUGAUCAUAUGGCUUUACACUUAGAAGAAGAAAAUGCCAUUUUUUCUGGGGAUUGCAUCCUAGGGGAAGGGACAACUAUAUUUGAAGAUCUUCAUGAUUAUAUGAACUCCUUAAACCUAUUACUGAAAGUCAAAGCUGAUAUUAUAUAUCCAGGUCAUGGCCCAGUAAUCAAAAAUGCAGAAGCUGCAAUUCAACAGUAUAUUGCUCACAGAAAUUACCGAGAAGAACAAAUUCUUCAAUUCAUUCGUGACAAUUUUGAAAAAUCGUUUACAAAAACGGAACUGGUAAAAACUCUUUAUAAGAAUGUUCCUGAGAAUUUACAUAAAAUGGCUGAACGUAAUCUUGAGCUUCAUUUAAAAAAACUAGAAAAAGAAGGAAAAAUAUUUAGCAACAUGGACCCUGAGAAGAAAUGGAGAGCUGUACUUUAGGUUCAGCAUAAUGAAAGCUUUGUUUGCCUUUUCCUUGAAGGAUGGUAUGCUUUCUCAGCUGUGGACUAAUUAUACAUACUACAAAAUGAGAGAUUUCACAACUAACAGUAAAUGUACAGGUGGACCCUUGACUUACAAACUCACAUCAUCUCGAGAGCUGAACUCAAAUUAGUAGUAAGUCAAGACUUUUUUUCCCACAAAAAAUAAUAGAAAUAACCAUGAUGUGUUCCUAGCCUCUCAAAGUACCCCGUAACUAACUUUUUCACAAUAAAAAUGAGUUGUAUAAUGUGCAUAAUUGACCAGAACACCAAUAAUUUUCCUGUGCAUUCGCCAAAAAGUUAUAAAAUGUUUACCAAAAAUAACAAUUUCAUACUGCACUUACCAUUCAAGUUAACAUCUAUGACUUGCUUUGGGAGGAUGAUAUAGAAAGUGAUUCGUGUUGGGAAGGAGAGUCCCUUAGAUAAGAACAGCAGGAAUCUGUUCUCUGCUGUCCUUUCUGUCCUUGGAAUAGGCUAUAGCCAUUAGGACCUGCAUCUGGCUUACUAAGUCUCAAUAUUUUCAUAACUAACAACUAGUCUAAGGUUGUCUACUUCUAUCUUUUCUUUAACAUUAUUUUCUAGUAUGUCAUUAAGAAAGUGAAUGCAACAUUUGGAUUUUCUCUGACUAGGUGUGUCUUCUCUACAAAUGUUUGUAACUCUGUCCAUUUUUUCUUUUUUUUUUUUUUA